AUGCAGUUCGCACUCACCUUCCUUACGACUAUCCUCGCGGCGCUCUUCGUCAAGGCGGCGCCCUCCCCAACGCACAUCGGUAUCGGCGCCGACGCGAACGCGCACGUCGGGAUCGACGUCUCCGCGCGCGACAACAGCAGCUGCAACGCAGGUGCGACGUACUGCUGCAACAACAGCGUGAACGCGACGAACGCGGACUCGUCUACGACGAACAUCCUUGCGACGAUAGGCAUCGACCUCAGCAACGCUCUGAACAACGUCGGUCUUGGAUGCAAGUCGACCAUUGGGGGUGCCGCUUGCUCGAGCCAGACGCUGUGCUGCACGAAUGAUACUUUCGAGGGCCUCAUUGCGCUCGACUGCGUGGAUGUCGGCAGCGUCAGCGUCUAA